AUGGUGUCGGGUUCUGGGAUAUGCACGAAGAGGGUGGUUUUGGACGCAAGGCACCACAUGCUGGGGCGCUUGGCUUCGAUCGUGGCGAAGGAGCUGCUGAACGGGCAGAAGGUGGUGGUGGUGGUGAGGUGCGAGGAGAUAUGCAUCUCCGGAGGACUGGUCCGCCAGAAGAUGAAGUACAUGAGGUUCCUCCGCAAGCGCAUGAACACCAAGCCCUCUCACGGCCCCAUCCACUUCCGUGCCCCUGCCAAGAUCUUCUGGCGCACCGUCCGCAGGAUGAUUCCGCACAAGACGAAGCGUGGGGCAGCGGCGCUUGCCCGGUUGAAGGCAUACGAGGGUAUUCCUCGUCCAUACGAUAAGACCAAGAGGAUGGUUAUACCCGAUGCUUUAAAGUUAGUGUUGAGGCUUCAAAAGGGGCACAAGUACUGCUUGUUGGGCCGCCUCUCAUCCGAGGUUGGAUGGAAUCACUACGACACAAUCAGGGAGCUGGAGAAGAAGGGGAAAGAGAGGGCUCAGGUUGCAUAUGAUAUGAAGAAGCAGCUGAACAAACUUGAGGUGAAGGCUGAGAACGCUGCAGAGGAGAAGCUUGGCUCCCAUCUAGACAUCCUUGCUCCCGUUAAGUACUGAAAUUUUAGUGGGAGUUGCAUACAGU